CACGAAAGACAAGCAAAAUGGUUAGUAUAAAUUUUAUUUAAUUUUAAUCUAAUGUAUCUAUAAAAAUCAGUUCUUGAAUUUUUUUCAAAAUGUCGCUCGUAAUACCAGAGAAAUUUCAACACAUCCUUCGUAUCAUGGGUACGAAUAUUGAUGGUAAACGUAAAGUUAUGUUUGCCAUGACUGCCAUUAAAGGGGUUGGAAGACGGUAUGCUAAUAUUGUAUUGAAAAAGGCCGAUGUCAACUUAGAUAAACGUGCUGGAGAAUGUUCAGAAGAAGAAGUAGAAAAAAUUAUUACAAUUAUGUCAAAUCCAAGACAGUACAAAAUUCCAGAUUGGUUCCUUAACAGACAAAAAGAUAUUGUUGACGGAAAAUACAGCCAGCUUACAUCUUCAUACUUAGACUCAAAACUUCGUGAUGAUUUAGAACGUAUGAAGAAAAUCCGUGCCCAUCGUGGUAUGCGUCACUACUGGGGUCUCAGAGUACGUGGUCAACACACCAAAACAACUGGCCGAAGAGGAAGAACUGUGGGUGUAUCCAAAAAGAAAUAAACUUUUUAUUCCAUUGUUAUACAUUUCAAAUGUAUAUUACCAUCUUUGUGUUACAACCAUCUUUUUUUAAGCCAUUGUAAUUUGGUAAAAAUUUAUUUAAUAAAUAAAAUUUAUUUCUAAGAAA